GUUUGGUGGGAGCCGAGCGGCGGCGGAUUCCACUGCACGCAGCGGCCGCAACAAUGAAUGAAGACGAGCUACUGGAAAAGGCAGGAGAAUGUGGCUGCUUCCAGUUUCGGAUAAUAGCCAUGUUCGCUGUUGUGAACAUAUUGUCGGCUUUUCACUACUUUGGACCAACGUUCCUAGACAUGCAAGAGGCUGGUUUUGAGAGCGUCUCACAAGAGGAGGGCUGGUCCGGCUUGGCUGCGUGGGGGCAGAGCGCGUUCUUCGCGGGCUGCGUGCUGGGCACGCUGUCGCUGGGCGCGGUGGCGGACCGCACGGGCCGCCGGCUGGCGCUGCUGGUGGCGUGGGUACUGGCCGCCGCGGGCAACGGGCUCGCCGCCGCCGCCCACGCGCCGCCGCUCUUCGUGCUGGGCCGCGCCGUCGCCGGGCUCGCCACCGACACCAACUUCUUCAUGAUGUACAUCCUCGUGAUGGAGUACAUGGGAGAGCGGUGGCGCACGGCGGGCCUGAACGCGACGGUGGGCGCGUUCUACGGGGUGGGGUGCGCGGCCGCCCCUUGGCUGGCGCUGGGCUGCGGCGGCUGGCGGCGGCUGGUGGCGCCUGAGAGCGCCCGCUGGCUGCUGCAGGCGGGCCGCCCACAGCGCGCCGCCGCCUGCUACCGCUCCGUCGCCGCCGCCAACGGCAGGCUGCGCCACCUGCCGCACGACCUCGUCGAGCGCCUGCAGGAAAUGUCGUACAAAAUCACAGCAGAAGCCGCUGAGACCUCAGCCAGCGUGUUUGGCCUGCUCAAGACGCCUGUCCUGCGCCGAAGAACCUUAAUCCUCGUCUUCAAAUCGAUGGUGCUCACGCUCUGCUACGACGCGACGUGGCGCGACGUGAAUGACCUCGGCUUCCCCGCGCAGGUCGUCUUCUCAGCCAGCGCCGCCACCAUUCUGCCGGCCUGCCUCAUCAUCCUCUGGCUUCAGGACCGUGUGGGCCGCAAGGCGCUGUCGGCGGGCGCACUAUCGCUGUGCGCAGCUGCCGUGGCGCUGCCUGACGUGAAGCCAGGACCCGCCGCUGCGCUCGCGCUGGCGCUACUGUCGCGCCUCGCCAUCAACGUCGCCUACAAUGCCGCCACGCAGUACGCUGCCGAGCUGCUGCCUACACAGGUGCGCGGCCAGGGCGUGUCGGCGGUGCACGUGUGCGGCUACGCGGCGGGCGCGGCGAGCGCGCACGUGGUGGCGCUGGGCCCGCCGUGGCGCGGCACGCUGCUCAGCCUGCUGUGCGCCGCCGGGGCCGCCCUCUGCCUGCUGCUGCCCGAGACGCUGCACCGCCAGCUGCCGCGCACGCUGCGCGACGCGGAGGCCUUCGGCGCCGACGAGAGGUGCUGCCUCUUCGCCUGGACCAUCCGCCGCCGCCAGCAGUCGCCGCCGCAACCACAGCCGCAAGACUACAUCUCCCACUUGUGACACGCGCUAUUCUCCACGUACAGAACCGCGCACGGCAGCGAGUACUCUUCUUCGGGACACCACAAAAAUAAGACACAUUUCUCGUUUAAUUCUUACCCGCCCUUUCUCGCAUCCGACCCUGUUAUUUUGUGGGAU